AUGGCACGGCUCAUCCGCGCAAAUUCUACGCUUUCUACCCUCCUCGUUCUCUUCGCAAUUGUCGUAGGCCUUCCUUCCGCAUUUGCGAAGGUCGAUCUCUAUACCGUGUGCGGUCGGCAGGAGGCAAAGGACGGCACAGUGUCGUUCAAAGUAGUCACGUACAACACGCUGCUCCCCAUCAGCCAGCCAGUCUCGCCGCUCGACGCGGUCAUCCCUCCCAAGGGCGGCUUCGUUAGCGUCACGGGCGACUGCACAUACGCCGUCGACUCAGCAUGCAACAUUGUCAAGAAACUGCCGCAAUGCAAGGGCAACACUCGCUGCGUCUACUCCAAGACUCCAUUCCGUCUGGCUCUAAAAACGCCUUGCUCCUCACCCAAGUGCCGCGUCUGGGCAUCUGAGUUCUCUGGUCGCUGCCUCAGCAAAGGGGGUAGUAAGGUGUAG